AUGGAACUGCUGGUGCUGCUGAAUGCCCUGGUCACCCGGCUGCUUUUUGUCCUGCAUUCCCUGAUUGGGGUCUGGAGGGUGACCGAAGUGAAGAAGGAGCGCAAAUAUUGGCUGCUGGCGCUGCUUAAUCUGCCCCUCUGCUUGGAAACAGGGCUCACUCUCAAGUUUAAGCAAGGAAAAGGCUACAAAUGGUUUUCACCAGCAAUAUUUAUCUAUCUGAUUAGCAUAGUACCCUCAUUGUGGCUUCUGGAGCUUCAUUCUGAGUUUCAGCAUUGUCCCAACAAGGAACAGCCUGUGCAGAAUAUCAGUGAAAAAAAUAUAAGUGAGACCACACACAUAAUAGAGAAGGCCCAAGUUAUUGUCAAAACGCUUUCCACAGUAUGUGACUCAAUCUGGACGCUAGGUCUCCACCAGACCUUUCUGCUCAUCCUCAUCAUUGGGAGAUGGCUUCUUCCCAUUGGCGGCGAAAUCACCCGGGACCAGUUGUCUCAGCUGCUUCUUAUGUUUGUGGGUACUGCAGCAGAUAUACUUGAAUUCACUAGUGAGACCCUGGAAAUAGAAAAUGUAAGGAACAAGCAUGUCCUGGUGUAUGUAAUUCUAGCUGUAUGGACCUGGAGUAUGUUGCAAUUCCCCCUGGACCUUGCAGUGCAGCAAGUUGACUGUUGUCCCUCAGUCUCCUCCAAGAGAGUCUUCCGUUUGCUUCUCUGCAGACACAGCGCAGAUCUGUGGAACAUUGGCAUCGGCUUAUUCAUACAAGAUGGACCUUUUCUCAUAGUGCGUUUGAUACUGAUGGGCCAUUUUCAAGUCAUUACCCAGAUGCUGGUGUUUUUCACAGCUAAGAAUAUCUUAAGCGUGAUGUUACAACUGUACCGUUUAGUAGUGUUAUCGUUAGACUUCCAUGCCUCACUGCGGUAUCAGUCAAACAGCCGGAAAGGAGGAGUUGGAUGUUGUCCAUGUGAGCCUAAUAAUAUCAGUCUUCCACCCAACAACUAUGAUACUGAUGAAAAGGAGUGUGCUGCCAUUCCCCUGGAGGAUUCCUCACCAGUCAGUCUGUGAACUAAGAUCUUUUACACACAAUAUUUGGCUGUUUCCUCUCUCAGCCACUUUGGAAGGGACUGGCGUUAUCAAAUGGUCCAUACAGUUCUGAUUUGUUUCCUGCCCACUGCAAAAUGAAUGUUUGAUUCUACCAAGAGGAGAUGUUGGAGCAGCAAACUCGCCUGAAUGGAAAAAAAUUCAAGCCUAUUGACUUAGGUAGGCUGAUAGUAAAUCUGUAGCUUAUUUA